AUAAGUGAUCGUGGACACGAUAUGCCAUUGGUCAUCACGUUUAUUGGCUAUUGCGUUACACUAUUAUCGUUUACACGUGAGCGUCAUCGUAUUCGAGGCUGAAAGAUUUCGAGGCGGAGUGGUGGAUCGAGCUGACGUUUAACUCAGUAUUAUACGAUAAACUGCUAGUAUUUUUUCAAACUGAAGAACUUUAGUCACGAAUUUAUCGUAAGAUUACAACGUCGGCAGUGAAGACAAUCCAGAAUACGAACACAGUGCAAGAAAUCGUCUGAGUACUGUGAGCCUCGAUUGCGAUUUAUAAUAUCGUAGAAAACGAUCGUGUUCAUGGGUUUUUGAAAAUUCAUUGAAAAAGUUCAACCUCGCGAGCGAAUAUGACUUUGAGGGAUUUUUGUAACGACGUUUUUCGGAAACCGUUUGUAGUACUUGGCGCGACGGUGGGACUGUCGGGCGUUGUUGCACUGCUCACUUUUCUCGCCAAACGUUUCAUGAUUAAUAAAAAUGCAGCGACGAUUCCUGCCCUCGAAGAUUCUGAAUGGAUUGAAAUUGGAAGGAUAAAAGAAUUGUAUUUGUAUCCAUUGAAAUCGGGCAAAGGAAAAGCGAUAGAAAAUUGUGACUUCACGGACUAUGGCAUCAGCGUCAAAACCAGUGGAUUAUUCACCUUGGACGACAGAAUGCUCUUAGUCUACGACAGCAAAACCGGCAAAUUUCAGACUGGCAGAAAUUAUCCGAAGCUUCUUCUGGUGAGUAUUUCCGCAGCUGACGAAAACAGCCUCAAUAUUGAAGCAGACGGAAUGCCAAAGCUUGUCAUUCGUUUACCUGAAAAACAUAAGGAAAGGUCGUCGAACCAAGUUGAUUGUUCAAUGUGGUGGAACGAACCCCUUAAAUGCAUCGAUUGUGGACCCGAGCCGGCUGCUUGGAUAUCAAAGUUUCUCACGGGAACGUCGGAUUCUGAUCUAAGAUUCGGUUCGGCGAUAUCAAAAAGACGAAAUAUUUUUGAAGGCCCGUGGGAGAAAUUCACUAAAGUUUAUACGACUCUCAGGAAUGAGGAUACCGGUUACUUUGCUGAUCUUGCCAGCUACAUGCUGAUGACCGAAUCUUCUCUGCACGAACUCAACAAGAGAUUAGAAAAUACCGUGAGUAUUCUACGAUUCAGGCCAAAUAUCGUUGUAGCUGGUUCCAUGCCCUUUGAUGAGGAUUCUUGGGAAUGGAUCAAAAUCGGCGAAAAUGUAUUGCUCAGAAACGUCAAGCCGUGUCCAAGAUGUGCAAUGGUACGCGUCGAUCCCGAGACAGCAAUCGUCGAUGGACAGGAGCCUCUGAAAACUCUACGAACAUUUCGUGAACAAAAGAACCCAAAAAGAAUAGAAGUGGAUGGAAAAGCCCCCGUCAUGGGAAUUUAUUGCGGCUUGUAUCAUCAGGGAGCGGUGAAGAUCGACGACAAAGUAUUUGUAAAACGGUUUGCCCGUGAAAAAAAUAUUAAAACUGUAUUAAAAUGAUGAUACAAUGUC